ACAUGGCGGCGUUUCCAGAGAAACAGAACGUAAUAUAUUUCGCGAAACUGACCCAUGUUUGUAUCGGCAACAUCGGUUUGGUGGCUACAACCUCGAGGAAAAGAUGAAACAGAUAUUGUGCAGUUAUCAUAAUAGGUUUUUCCAUCGUAUAAUUCUGGCCUAAGACGUAUUUGGCACGAAAUUAAGCAGAGGAAAUAUGGCAUGUUACGAGACAGGGCUGACGACAGCUUGUCUUGUUCGCGUGCGAAAUAGACAUUCUGCAAGAGGAAUUUACGUGUCCAGGGAAUAGAGAUUAUGUGCUCUACAAGAGAUAGAUGCUGGGCAUCUCCAAGAAACAAUCAGCGUCUGAACCAGACAUUCCCUCAAGAACAAACACCGUCUCAAGGCAGAGCAAACAGAAAAAACCCACGACUGACUCAUCCAACAGAAUCCGGUUUCUCAGGCAGAUUUAUUCUGUCGUUAUUGGUCUUUAUCAUAAACCUCAUUCUAUUCGCAUUACUUCUCAGUUUUGUGAUUCUCGUGGUUCCAGUGUGUUUUUUCGCGAGGAAACUCAUUCUUUAUUUCAGUAUUCGGCAUUAUCGCGAUGGAAAGCUGAGCAAAAUGUCGGCUUCCGAAGCUGUUUGGCUUCAAGCAAGUUGUGUAAAUACAGCUCCGAUGUCUAAUGUUUUCUUUCUUUUUGAAGGAAGAAUAACCAUCGAUGAGCUUGAAAGCUUUGUCAAAAGUAAACUUGUGCAUCAAGAAAUGCUUCUAGGAAAUUUACGAUUACUAAAACUAAAACAAUCUCCCGUGCCGAUCUUGAGUGGAUAUGGAUGGGAAGAAAUAGACAAUUUAGACGUAAACAAUUGUGUUUUUGAAUUUAAAGGAAAUUCGUCGUCAGAUCCUGGAGAUUUGAAAGAAAUUAAGGAAAUAUCCAACUUCAGUGGUGGAGAAGAAUUAUGGAGAGUGGUCUUGUUUCCGAAAUUUAAUGGGAGCGAAGAUACUGGGGUGCUGUUUCAAAUGCAUGAAAGCAUUGCGGAUAUAUUCCCCUUUGUUAGAAUUGUACUAGACUCGCUUGAUUACAAGACUGUCUUUCUCAAGAGGCACUGCUUCUUCCUCGGACGUUUAGCCUCUUGUUUCUUUGCUAGCUUCACUGGACCACUUGUAAUUCUCAAGAGACUACUCAUGACAAAGCAGGAAGAUUUAUGUGGGACUGAUCAUGAGGGAAUGCAACAGAAUAGUGCAGACGAUACCUUCCAAGUUUAUUGGUCUGGACCGAUAGAUUUUAAAUCUGUCAAGCGGAUCAAAGAUGUUACUCGUACAGAAGUUGACAUUAUUCUGCUUUCAUGUGUGGCUGGUGCUAUUCGUUCCUUCCUCCAGAAAUCCAGAGUUCAAUACCCUGAUGAUGUUCGAGUCUGUAUAAGAACUGAUGUAAGACCUCAGCAUUCCAGACUUGAGCUAGACAACAAAUUUUCCAUGGCUUUUAUCAAACUACCAGUCGGCACAGAAGGUGCUGUGCCUCGGCUUUGGGAAACCAGACGCAGAGUAGACAAGUUUUCUUUUACUCUUGAAAGCACUAUCAUGUAUGGCUUCAUCAAGCUGUGUCUUCUUCUGUUUCCCUUGUCUGUCGUGAGGAGGCUCAUUAAUUACCUGCUAAACAAGGUUUCGUGUACUGUAACCCGAAUUCCUGGACCUAACAUGCCAGUCUAUUUGAAUGGCAAAAUGACAAAGAUGAUGGCGUGCUGGACUCCUAGAAAGACCCAGAAUGGUUUUUCAGUCUCUAUUACAAAUCAUAGCGGACAGAUUUACGUCGGUCUAGUUACUAAACCCUCCCAAAUGAAUGACCCUUCACUGUUACUGGCAGAGUUUGAGAGAGAGGUGGCCGAUUUAGGCAACCACUUGGGUAAAAGAGCAUUGCCAUCGCAUCUGCGUUGGCGUCUUAAAGUGGAUCAACAACUGGUUAAUGCAGUUAACGAGGAAAGGGAGAGGGAGGCCGCAGAAAAUGACUUGGUUUGAUUAUAAGUGAAAUUCAAGGCUCCGUGACAGAUUCUUGUAAAUUUCACGGCAGUGUACAGUCGGUAGUUUGUUUCUCUGAAAACAAUCUAGUCCUCUCAAUUAUGUUCCUAACGAUUCCCCUAAGUGUUUCUCGAUCGAUGGGUAAACCAGGAAAGGAAAAUCUGAAGUUAUCGUUACCUCUUCAAUGCGUUACAUGAAAGGACAAAAAAAUUAAAAGAAACGUACACCAAACAUUAUAAAUUAUUCACGGCUGUGCUCUAGCAGGGACUAAGCGCCGCAAGUGACCAACUUUUGUUGAUGGGUGACCUUAACACAUGGCUUUUAUGAAAACUUCCAAGAGCUGGGCUCCUUUUUUUAAAGUUAUUUUUUUCUCAGACCACUGUCGUCUUUACUUUCUACUAAGUAGUUUGCCUACUCCUAGAACUGAAACUUCUAUGGUAUAGUCACCACGCAAUAUGGAGCUUUGUUUUGUCGGUGCAGUUUAGGAGAAAACUAGGCUCUAAGCCCUUUACACCUUAAUAUAAAUAUCCAUUUUCUCAAUACCCUUUUUUAUACUUUCCUUUGGCACUGACCAAGUUAAUUCGUUUACAAUUGAAGCUUCUUAGGUUGCCGAUCAUUUCCUUAAUUCUCAUGAUAUUAAUGAAUGGUUCAACAGUUUUACUAUAAGGAGAAAUUAGAUGCUGGUCACUCUUAGGGUUUUUGGGGUUGAGCAGAGAUUUAUCGAUUUCAAUAAUUUUAUUCAAUUUGGCCUCUGUAGUUUUUUGAAGAGGAAAAAGAACGUUUCGUUAUUUUUUACCAUAGUUGAUUCGUACAUAUUAUACCUCAUUAAUAAGCCUGAUAAGAUUAU